AUGGUCAGCUUCAAAAUAGAUAAACAACUGCAGACAAUCAGUAAUUAUUUCCUAUUCAGUCUUGCUGUGGCUGAUAUUGCAAUAGGUAUGAUUUCAAUACCUUUAUGGACCUACUACACAGUGAAGCAGUCGUGGGGCAUUGGUUAUACAAUGUGCCAAUUUUGGCUGUGCAUCGACUACCUCAUGUGCAAUGCGUCCGUGCUCAAUCUGUUGUUGAUCUCAUUUGAUCGAUAUUUUUCCGUUACGCGACCGCUUACGUAUCGGCCAAGAAGAACGAAGAGGAAGGCACUGAUAAUGAUUGCAUGCGCCUACAUUAUCUCAGCGAUAUUGUGGCCACCGUGGAUUAUUAGCUGGCCUUUUAUUGAGGGUAAGUUGGCUACGUUGAGUUUUUCUGGAUAA